AUGCAUUCUCAUAUCACUACUCAAUGCUAGAAACUAAUGGAAUUUUGAAAACGUUCGUAGUGUUUGAAUUUAUAAGUGUAUUAUCUAAGCGAAAGUGUAAAUAACGAUUCUAUUUAAUAUCGCGGAGCUUCCUCUGACGGAAAGUGUUUAAGCAAGUGAAAGAAGGUUAAUUUCCAUUUAAUUUCAAAUAUAUCAUCAUAAACUGCAUAUAGAUUGCGCUAAUGAGCUUGAUUUAAGCGGAAGUCAGCUUCUCUUUAUGUGCUCAGAACAGCCUUGAAAUCAUGAGCUAUCAGAAGGGCCUGAAGGAUCCUAAUUUGGACAGGCACACCACUAAAGGCAAAUCACGACAUUUUACGGUGAACGGCUUGAGUGCUAAUAACACGCUUCAGCAGCAACAGUACAGCGUGCAACAGCAGCAACAGCAACAGCAACAGCAGCAGCUGCAGCCAGCGACUGACACACGCAACAUAUACAACAAUCCCUACAAUCCACAACAACAGCAACAACAACAGCAGCAACAACAACAGCAACAACAACGCACAGCACACCUAUUUAAGGCGCUGGCUGCCUCUGCUGCUGUUAGCGGCAAUAAUAGCUUGAGUCAUCCAUAUGACUUCUCCAACUCGUCAUCCUCAUCGAACGCCAACAACGAGCAGCAGGGAUCGUCAUCAUCGGAGGCAGAUAACGCGUUUCUAACUCAUAAUAACGGACUUGCCGCGUUGUACUCUACUGAGGUGCAUCGUAAAUUGGAAAGCAACUAG